UUAGCUCUGAGUUGGCGGUUGUCUAAUAACACUUGAGUAGAGUUACUACAUUGGCGACGAGGUCAGCGAACCAAUCGUGAGGUAUGUCCACUGUAGUGGGUGCCGUCGGUCCCUUUGAGGGAAAUCAAGAGGAGUGGAUGCAUUACGUGGAGCGCGUGAAGUUCUUCUGCGUAGCCAACGGGAUCACUGACACAGAGCGCAAGAAGGCGGUAUUGUUGAGCGUAUGUGGAGUGCAAACGUAUAAGCUGAUUCGCAACCUGUUGGCGCCUGGCAAGCCGGAAGACGCGGAGUGUGACGACAUCGUAGCAAAGGUCAAAGAUCACGUGAACCCGAAGCCGUCCACUGUUGUUCAACGCUUCCGCUUCAACAGUAGAUCACAGAAGCCAGGGGAAUCAGUAGUGCAGUUUAUGGCUGAACUGCGCCGUUUUUCCACGGAUUGUGACUUUGGAGACACACUAGCUGACAUGCUAAGGGACGGGUUGGUGUGCGGAGUGAGUGAUGGGAGGAUCCAACGGAGACUGCUGCAAGAAAAGGAACUCACGUUUGACAAAGCACUGAGUUUAGCCAGAGCGAUGGAGACAGCUGCACUGAAUGCAGAGGAGAUUCAGAGACCGACUGGUGACAGCGUAGAAGGAGAGGUACACAAAAUGCAGGAAACCAAGCCCAGUCUACCUAAGAUGAAGUGUUUCCGGUGCCUUGGAUUCCACCCACCAAACAGUUGUUAUGCUCAGAGGAUGCAGUGCCAUAAGUGCAAGAAGGUUGGACACCUCGCUCGAGCAUGUCGAGGCCAGCGACAGCCAGGCCAGGCAAGGAAUGAAAUAGCUGCCCAAUCUCCUGUGACGAAAACACAUCGAGUUGAAACCACACCUCUUACACCCAAAGCCCAACAAGCAGUGGAAGAAGGGCAAAGCGAUGAUGGAGUUGAAGGAAUGUAUACAGUAUACGUUGUGGGUAAGGAGUGUCAGAAUGAACCACUAGCAGUGACGGUUCAUAUCAACAAGAAAGCAGUACAGAUGGAAGUUGAUACUGGAGCAUCAGUGUCAAUUGUAAGUGAGAGCACUUACAAGAAACUGUGGAAGAGGCAAGAGUUGCCUGGUUUACGACGACCACAAGUGAGGUUGCAUACUUACUCUGGGGAACCAUUGACAGUGUUGGGAGAGCUGGAUGUCCGAGUGCGGACUCAAAAUCAGAUUGCAACGCUACCACUAAUAGUGGUGCGUAAUGAUGGACCCAAUCUACUGGGAAGGAACUGGAUGAAGUCACUCGUAUUACCAUGGCAUGAAAUGUUACAGAAGGGACACAUCAAGUCGAUUGGUACAGAGACGUCCUGCACAGAGUUGCUGAAGAGGUUUGAUGGUGUGUUUGAAGAAGGGAUUGGUGAGUUGAAAGGAACGAUGGCUGCUGUCAAAGUGAAAGAGGGCAGUGCAGCGCGAUUUUUCAAGCCGAGACCAGUACCAUAUGCCUACCGGGCGAAGGUAGAACAUGAGCUAAAGCGACUAGAAGCUGAGGGCAUAAUUGAACCGGUUCGAUUUGCCAACUGGGCGGCUCCCAUUGUCCCCAUAUUGAAAGCUGACGGCUCCAUUAGGAUCUGUGGUGAUUAUCGACUCACGGUUAACCAGGUGGCAGAGACUGAGAAGUACCCAUUACCAAGAGUGGAAGACAUUUUUGCUUCGUUGGCUGGGGGACAGACAUUUACAAAGCUCGAUCUUAGUCAUGCAUAUCAACAAGUGAAACUGGAAGAACAGUCCAAGCAAUACCUGGUCAUUAACACCCACUUGGGAUUGUUUCAGUAUAACAGGCUGCCGUUUGGAGUAGCAGCUGCACCAGCGAUCUUCCAGAGGAUAAUGGAUUGUCUGUUGCAGGGAAUUCCAGGAACAGUGGUCUACCUAGAUGAUAUUCUCAUCACGGGUCGAUCACAGAAGGAACAUCUAAGGAACUUAGAAGCUGUGUUGGGCCGAUUGGCAGGAGCAAGAAUUCGGUUGAAAAGACAGAAGUGUUCCUUCUUGAAAAAGGAGAUACA